AGACUUGGAGACAAUUUGGAAUUAGAUUUUGUUGAUAAUAUUUGAAAUAGAAACCUUUUUAGGACAACUCUGUUUGCAUGGGAAAUGUUUACUGUGGACAUUUUUUUGUGAAGGGGAGAGGAGCGUGUUACAUCAAAUUGCAGAAAAACAAUAAUAUGGACUACUUCAAGGAGUACCUAGUACCUACAUUGUUUAGUUUUCUCUCCCUCUUCCCCUCUUCCCUCCUCUUAAGGAACCAGUUUGUAGUAUUUAUGUUAUUUGUAAUUUUAUACAAUACAAAUCUAAAUUCGGUUCAAUUGCUGAAUUCGUUGCUUGAUUUUGGAAAUUCCCUUGAAUAUGGGCAUUUCAGCUAUAUACAGCCCUUUUCCCAAAAAAUGACGGUUUUAGUUCUACAUAACUUGAUUAACAUGAUAUGGACCAUAAUAUUGAAUUUAUGUUUUUUUUAGAAGAACUUUCAUUUUUAUAUGUACUUAUACGAUUGUUAUAUCUUCAAGAAUCGUUAUUCAAUUGCAUUUUUUUUUUAAUUCAGCAGUGAUUUUUUUCCAUUGAUUUUCAUGUUUUUUUGUUUCGAACACUGGUGCAUGUUUCUUUAAUGACAAUUCGGAAUAUUAAAUGCGACUAAAUACGCAUUUUUCUCAUAAUUUGUCGGCUUAUGGCGUAUGCGGUCCUUGACAUUAGUGUAUUUAAAUUUUGUAAUCGUAAUGUAACUAGGACAGUGUGUUACUCUGUAUGCUCCUGUAAUGUGAACUUGUUCAGAAGUUUCGUUUAUCGGCUGAUGAAUCACAUCGAACCGCCUCGCCGACUCGUUCACUUUGACAACAUCCCCGAUGAACUAGUGCUCGAAAUCUUCAAAUGGAUCCCGUUCGACGAUCUGACAUCUCGUGCGAAACUAGUCUGCAGACGAUGGAACAAAAUAGCCGCAACCGCAUCCCUCCAUCCGGAUAUUCUGGUCAUCAGCAGGCAAUCGAAUCCGAAAAAAAUUCACCACAUGUUGUCCAAAUACGGCGAUAACCUCUCUACGAUCAAAUUUCAAGACAUAUACGAAUCUCGUAUCAUUGCCAGUCUGAACUCGAGACAUUGGUCGAAUCUGAGAACGCUUUCGAUCAACUGGAAACACCACGUACUGGAUGGCGUUCGUAUAUCGGUAUCUUACCUCAACUGGGUGAUCGAUCGAAGUCCACGACUGAUCGCUAUCGAAUUACGAGAAUGUUUCAUCCACGGUGAUAUCAACAUACUGAUGGAAAAAUUGCAAAGUCGUCGUAUAUCCGAACUCACUUUCAUGAACACCUAUCUCGUUGUGAACGGAAUCGAGAAAUUGUUCGGUUUGCGUGAUAUGACCAAAUUCCAAGUGUGUUGUUAUCCUUUGGGCGAUUUCAGCUCUACUAUUUGCACCUUCUGCCUGAAUAAUCGACACUCGUUGACCAGUUUAGCAUUACGGAUCGAUAAUCGUUCGACCGAAAGCGACGAUUUGAUUGACGCCAUUACCUCUUGUGCUAGGUUACGUAAAUUACAUCUAAUCGGUCGAUUCAGCUUAUCCAGAGCAGAACUACUCAAGGUUUCCCAAUUAGCUAAUCUGAAAUGUUUAAAAAUAGAAGUUCAUCGUAUCAAUACCGAUGAGUUCGCCGAGUUCCUCAGUCAGCCUUUUACUCGACAACUUUCUUCCUUAGCUGUUCAUUGGAGUCGACCUGUACUGAAGAAAGAACUGACCAACGUUAUUCAUUGUAGAAAUUUGAACAAAUUGACAUUGAUGUUUUCCAAUAAUUUCAACGAUACCGAAAUGAUACCUAGAGUUGUGAUCCAGCUUGUGAAAGGAUUAAAGUUGAAGAAACUCAAAAUUAUUUCCAAUUUUGUAUUGAUGAAUUUUUUACCAGAAAUUUGUUACCAGAGCGAGGAUUUGUUUUGUAUUAAAUUGAUACACAGUUACGAAGCUAAGGAUUUGAAAUAUUUUAGAAAUAAAAUGAACGAUAUUUGUAAUUUUUAUGAUUGUAAAUACGCUAUUUAUAAAUCUGAGUUGGAAAUCACGUUGAGGAAAAAAAUUAAUACCCAGGUGGAAUAUGUAUUUUGAAAUAUGAAUUAAUCGAAGAAUUGAUGAUUGUGUGCCAUGCUUUGAAUAUAGUAUUUUUGGUAUCCGA